AUGGCUCCUCCGGCUCGCGGCAGAAAGUGCGAGGUGUCCGAGGUACUGGAUGCAAAGCAUCGCAUUCAGAGACACGCAAGCAACUCUGGACGGGGGCUGUUAAGUGAUGGCAUUGCCGCCCGCUCAAAUUCGAAGCUGAAUGCAGCAAUCUCUGGAUUCGCUGUUGCUCGAGGACUUCAGGCAUUAGUGCCCCAAAAUGCUCCUCCCGACACUCACCAGGUCUUGAGUCCUAGGGGCAAAGACACGAUCGAAGAAGAUCAGUUGACAGAUAAUACAUUUCCUGAAAGUAAAAUCCCCACGCACCAAAUAGAUGCAGACAAAGAGGAGCCCAGCGUGACCCCAAUGGACACAGAAAACAGCGAGCCCGCAGGGAGCUACCGUACUUCCCUCAUGUCAAAAGCCAGAGGUUUACUUAAUCUAGUUGGACCGUACCUUGAAGAUAUGGAAAAGGAAUGCCCGGGAGCAGGUGCAGACUUCUUAGUCCUUAUCUCAGAGGAGGUAUCACGAGCCAUCAGAGGACAGAAGAUUUACAAGAGCUCAAUGAAUGAGCAAGAGCAAAAACCCUCCACUCAAAGUGACAACAAGAGGACAUGGGCCUCCAAAGCAGCUGCAGGGGUCUCGACCGGAACAAACAUUGAUGUACAUCGGCCUAUGAUAAGACCGACGCCUCCCCAGACUCAGAGCAAAGAAGACAAAAAGGUUCCGUCCGGCGUGGCAGUACUUGCCGCAUCGCCGGCAAAAGCAGCUAGUAUUUUACAGCACAGUGAAGCCAUUGCUGCAAGAUUUGGGAAUGCUACGGUGGAAAGACAAGAGACUUGGACGACAUUUGUUGUCGGUCCUAUUCCAAAGAAAGUUAACACAUUAGACGGAGCCUAUGACCCACUUGAAGGGCUUUUACUAGAGGAACCGGCGAUUCGAGCUAUAAAGGAUGACACUCCUAUUCGACACAUAGCCUGGACACGUCGGUCUACAGACUCUCUGAGCCUGUUUGGGCACAUCAGAAUUCAUGUUCCUGAGGCGAGGGCACACAAAGUGCCAUCCCGGAUGCAGCUUUUCGGACAAGCAACAAGCGUCCAAAGAGUUUCGAACAAGCAGCUAUUGCGCACCUGCAAUAAAUGUUUUGGCUUCCACGCCACGAGAACCUGCGCCCGACAAUUUAAAUGGGCCUCUUGUGGAAUGAAUUCUCACGAAGGUCCAUGCGCACAACAAAUACAGUGCCUAAAUUGCCGUGGGCCUCACGAAUCUACUGAUACCUCAUGCCCGGCUCGCCCACGUAGAGAUCAUGGUGUAUUCGUUCGCCCAACAGGGGCACAGUUGCGACAUAUACGCGCCGCUGGACGUAGAGAGCUUGCCAAUACUUUGAGACAUACUCAGGAAUCGGCCGAGAGCGGUGCCGAGACCCUCACUGAACACAACCCUACCCAUUAA